CCACGCUUUAUACCUCUCAUUUUACAGUUCAUUGCACUUUGACACGUCCUGCCAGCUAUUGAGGCAUUUUUCCCGGGCACAACAUAGAUCCUUUUAGCAGCAUCGUUACUAAGAAAAUGCCUGUACAACGCGAGCUUUGAGACAAUCAUAUGAAUCCAGCCCUCGCAAAAGAAAAGAAGGUAGUACGGGAUCAGCAUGGCUGGCAACAAUGUCAACAUACCCGAAUUUAGCACCGACAAAGACCUGGAUGAAGUAUGGGUCGGUGUUCUAGCCAAGUACGAAGAAAUCACCAAGCAGACACUGGAUCCGCGAACAACGUUUGAAAGCUUCCAAAAUGCAAUCAACCAGAAUCUGAGCAACGCAGCAUCGAAGAGAAAGACGAACGCACGUAAGGUCUUGAGUAAUAUCGGCCAAUGCUUGCAGAGACUAGGGGACAUCAUUGCGCAAGGAGCAAGUGCAGCCUUCGCUCCUAGCUGCCAAUGUUGGAAUGCAAUAACUCUAGUUCUCACAUCUGCACAAGCAUACAGUGACGUCUUUGAUGGAUUCAUAACCCUUAUGGAACGCUGCGUGGCAUUUAUGACCAGGCUGAACAUCUUCCUAGACCAGGAGCGUGGCCAAGUGGAGUCGUUCCUACCCAAACCGAUCCGACAGCGGGCUUACGCCAUUCUUUCCCAUUUCCUCCAGGUCCUGCAAACCUCGUACAUACUUACUACCAGCAAGAGGGAGAAAUUCAAAUUGGUCUUGGGUAUUGUCUGCUUUAGUGGUGACGCCGGCGUCAAGGAGUCAUUGGAUACGCUGGAGGGGCACAUCCAAGAAUUCACAAACACCGAAAUCGACCAGAUCCUUCUAGAUGUUAAAGGACUCGCGCGGUUUCUGCAAGGCUCGGACGAAGAAAGGAAGCAGAACCAUGAUGAGAUACGAGCUCACCUUGAGCAUCUCGACGGCAUCAGUGAGGAGACCUUAGAUAUCACGCAGCAGAUGAAGAUUACGUUGGACAGCCAUAUAACGCAGGAAAAUGCCAAGAAGAACUUGGAGACCAUUCGUUCGACGUUUGAUCUUCCCAAGACGAGUGACCCUUGGGUAAGGCGUCAUGACUAUCUCUCAAGAAUCCGAGUAAAAGAGAGCGGCAACUGGCUUCACAAAGAAGAGCUUGGUUUCGCUCAAUGGAUCGACGUUCACAACUCAACAACGAAAGUCUUUACUCUUGAAGGCAGCCCGGAAAGCGGGAAGACCUAUCUUUCCAAUUUUGUCAUUUCGUCUGUUUUCGAGAAAUAUCCCGCCAGUGACGAUUCGGAUCAAGUUCAUGUUGCGUACUACUAUUUCGGCGACGAAGGUGAUGAGAUCGGCAAAAACGAGUCUAUUGACAAAUGCCUGGACUCCAUCGUGUACCAGAUCGCGUGCACCAACGUGGCAUAUGCCGAGCUCGUAGCUAAGAUAUGUACGCAACAGGGAACUCCGGUUCGGGAUGCCGACAGAUGGGGGACUCUUAUCACGCAAUUACGACAUGCUUUAUCAGGCACGUACUUCAUUUGCAUAGACGGCUAUAAUGGUUACGACUCUUCCGGUGUCGCGGGGGCAACCCUCAAAGCGAUUGCUAAGGACGCGAUUCCCGAAGAAAAGGCAUCCGAAGGCAUAUCUUUUCGUUUCUUCCUGUCGGGUACGCCUGACGGUGUUGCAAUUAUCCCCCAGAAUAAUUCUGUUCGGCGUAUCGUACUAGGGCGAGCGAGUAACGAGGAUGAUGAAGAUGACGAAGAUGUCGAAGCUGCCACUUCAACAUCUCCAUAUGUCAACUCUAGCGAUCUUGAGGCCGUUGCGCGAGCAAAGGUCGACGAUUUGGCUCAGAAGAGACCUGACCUCAAGUCAUUCAUGACUGAAGAAAACUUCAAGAAGCUCCUCGCCAGUGUGCGCGGUCAUUUCGGACAUCUGGAAGCAAAGUUGACCCAGAUCAACGCGUGCGACACCGAGCAGAAGCUUCAAGCCGUCAUCGAUAGCGCAGGCUAUGAUGUCAACAAGAGCGUCAGAGAUUCAAUUGAGGCCUUCAACAGUUCGUUGAGCGCAGCGCAGAUUCAGCAGGUUAACGAGCUACUCGUUUGGAUCGUAGGCGGACAGACCGCGGUUUCGAUUGACUUGCUUCAGAGCGCUCUUUAUCUUUCCUUUCAACGCAACUUCAUGUUGCGAGAUCUAGUCGCAACCACGUUCUCUGGCCUCUUGACGUUCAACAACAAUGACAUGGUAAAGCUCAAGUCCAAACAACUUCUUCAAGUCCUAGCCGAGAACGGUCAACGCCUCGUUCAAACAAAUGCACUCGGCCUACCCGCAAACAAUCUGGGUCAGGAGCAUCUUCACCACUCGGAAAUCGAACUUUGUCGCCGCUUCAUUAGAAACGCCUGUGGGCAAGUGGACUAUGAUAGGUUCAAUUUUGAAGCAUUCUUCGACGCUCUCGCUGGGAAGCAGAAAGCAUAUGUUCACGUCGUCGACUCGGAUAAUUUGAAUGUCACAAUCGCGCGUUCAUGCCUCAAAGUCUUGUGUGUGACGCCAGAGGACAAAAACCUCAAGGCUCUUCGCGAACAUUCGGCACUAUGGUUCUACGAGUACUUGAAUGACUUUGUGCAAAGACUGGAUUACUUCGAGCCCGACAAAGGUACGCUUCGCGAGAUUGGGGAAUAUCUCGCUGGCGUACUCUACGACGAAGAAUCGAUUGCGGCGUGGUUUGACAAUCAGGACGACGAUUUAAGUUAUUUCCAGUCAGAUUGGAUUAAGAAAGAAGACUUCUUAGAUGCAACCGUGAAAUUUCUCAGGAGCCCUCACGCAAGACAAGGUUAUGCACAGAACGAAGAGAAGAGAAAAUGGGUCGAAGCAGUAACGUCCAACACGGUCAACAAGUACUCCAUUCUUACCCGAGUUGCAAGAUAUCUAGCGAUUAAAUGGUUCAACGCUGAAUCUACCAUCUACGUCAGCUAUUUCUGGGUUCCCUUUCACAUAGUGUCAAAGAUAAAAGGUUUGAGCUACAGUGGCAAUUAUGAGGCGCGCCUAGAUGAGCUCGAGGACUUCAUUCAUUGGGCGGAGGAGCACACCGGCUUGGAUAUCAAUCAACCUUGCUGGACCGCGCGGGUAGGUGCCAUCUAUAUCACGACUGAAAAUUGGCAACAAGCUCUCCUUCCAAUACAGGAUGCCCAGUCUAAGCUUCCAGAUACUUGGAUCCUUCUCAAGAAGCUAUCAGUCAUCCAUCAAAAGUUACAGAACCCCCAAUCAGCAAUUGACUGCAUCCAAAAGUUGAAGGCACUGCGUGAGACUUUGCUUGAGACGAAUAAGGAGUACAGAGGCUUCUACUGGGAAACCUUCCUUCUUCCCGAAGGUACUUUGUACAAGGAGCUGGGAAACUAUGACGCCGCAGUCGAAUGUUUCCUGGCCCUGCUGGAUCAGCCUGUGGAAGUUGAAUCAAGGAUGGGACUCGUUCAUUCUGAGGCUCUCAUUUCGUUGUUCGAGAUAUGGUACGAACGAAAAGCGUACAAAGACAUGGUCAAUCUCCUGCAGGAGAUGCGCGACACCGAGAAGGCUGGAAAGCCCCUCACCUAUUGGCUUUGGAUCACUUAUCCCAAGGUCCAUUUCCAUGGAAAGAUCAUGGUCGCGGCAAGACAAGCAGAGGCCGUCGAUCAGGUUUAUCAAUUCUAUGACCAAGCACUGAAAGGAAUGCCCGACUUUGAGACCGAUGGAGAUUUGCCCAAGAACUGGUUGCUCAUGGUCCAGGGACAAUUGCGCCACUACCAAGCUGCCCUGACGUUCUAUGGCCACCAUGCCGAUGAUGCUGAGGAUCGGGCUCUAGGACUGUGGGAGACCGCGAUUCGAAAUCAAAAAGAAUAUCCCAUGACUAUCUGGACAGCUAAGCACAUGAUCAAACGGCUUGCGGUUGGUAUCCUUGAUAAAGGGGCCACGUACCUUUCCGAGCCGGAUCUAGCAAAGAUUUUGACGUACACUGGGAGGCUAGAAGAGCUCGCAAGACUGAGCCGUCCUGUCAAUCGCAAGAUGCGCCAAACUGCUUCGGAUCCUCGCUUCUGUCUGGUAAGACUCCACGUGCUCCGAGGUGAUAUCAAAUCAGCAAGACAUGAGGCGAAGGUAUUGCUCCGUGGGAGUUUCGACAGUUGGCCCGAGGACCCAAAUGAUUACUCUUUAGAAACGCGGCUUCGAAUCGUCGCACAGAUACUCACCGUAUUCAACCUCGACGAAGAAGCCGUCGCGGUCUGGCAGGCAAUCAAGCCCCGCGAGUCAACAUCCAGCAGCGACACAAACAACGAGCCGCAGCCUGAUGCUGCUACUACCCAGCCAGACGAAGCCAACAAUACCGAGCCCACUGCCGCAGCACCAACAGAAUACACCGGCCCAGGCCCCAAGGCCUACCUCGAAAGCUACCACUGCGAUGCCUGCGAAGUGGUCUGGGAGGACAUGCUCGACGUCCGCUGGGCAUGCAAGAACUGCCUCGACGUGCAGCUCUGCUCGCCCUGCUACGAGAAACUCCAGCUCGACGCCCUGCACCCCCUGAUCUGCAGCAAGGAGCACGAGUUCCUGCAUAUCCCUAAGUUCGACCACGAGGCGUGGCAGAGGAGUAGUGCGCUCAACGGCAUGGUGCUCAUCGUUGGAGGGAAGGCAGUCGCGGGUGAGGAUUGGAUCAGGGAGUUCAGAGACAAGUGGGAAGUCCAGCAGGAACAGAUCGACGAUUACAGGUUCGAAGCUGCGAGGGGUAGCAAGGCGGCGACAACAAUCUUGAGGUACUACAUGAAGUGGCGGAAAAAGAAAACGAAGGACCAGACCCAGGUUGAGGGCGAAGGCGAGGGCGAGGGCGAUGCUGGUAGUUAAGUCUGGUGUUGUUGUAACUGUGAAUAGAGUCAUAAUAGUACUUGCGAUCCACCAC